UCAAGUCCCGUUAAUGAUUUAAAAAAUAAAAUGGUAUCUUUAAAUCCUGUUAGAAUACUCGCCGAGAAUGCUGAGGAGCAGAAACGUGAGACGGCUCGAUUCAGUGGUUUCGCCGCAGCGAUCGCAAUUGGAGAUUUGGUUAAGUCCACCUUAGGACCUAAAGGUAUGGAUAAAAUUUUGUUAUCAUCUGGUCGAUGUUCGGGACAAGUUCAAAUUACGAACGACGGGGCCACUAUUUUAAAAUCAGUCAGCGUAGAUAAUCCGGCUGCCAAAAUUUUGAUCGACUUGUCAAAGGUGCAGGACAAAGAUGUCGGGGACGGGACCACUUCAGUAGCAGUGUUCGCCUCUGAAUUGCUAAAAGAAGGUAAACAUCUGAUCGAAGCGAAAUUGCACCCCCAGACUAUUAUCUCUGGAUGGAGGAAGGCUACGGAAGUUGCUAUCGAAGCACUUACGGAGAGUGCAAUAGACAUUCGCAUGGACGACUCCGAAGGCUUUUGGAAUGAUUUGAAAAAUGUUGCUAAAACAACGUUAAGCUCCAAAAUUCUAUCGUUACAUAUGGAUCAUUUUGCAUCUUUAGCUGUUAAUGCGUUCAUUCGUCUGAAUGGUUCAGAAGAUUUAGACAAUAUUCAGAUAAUUAAAAAAGUUGGUGGUACGUUAAAAGACUCGUUUUUAGACGAGGGCUUCUUAUUAGAUAAAAAGCCUGGCGUGUUUCAACCCAAACGAGUUGAAAAUGCAAGAGUUUUGCUGGCGAAUAUAGCUAUGGACGCUGAUAGACCGAAGGUAUUCGGUUCAAACGCAUGUGUUAAGUCCAUUGCUGGAAUGGCCGACAUGGAGGGAGCUGAGAAACAGUACAUGCGUGAAAAAAUCUCUCAAAUAUUGAAACACAAGCCGAAUGUUUUCAUCAACAGACAACUGAUUUAUAACUAUCCCGAACAAUUAUUUGCUGAUGCCGGCGUAAUGGCCAUCCAGCAUGCAGAUUUUGAAGGGAUAGAACGUCUCGCCUUAGUAACAGGCGCCGAGAUUACUUCCAAUUUUGAUACGGACAUAAAGUUGGGUAGCUGUGAACUUGUUGAACAAGUCGAGAUUGGAGGAGACACGCUACUGCGCUUCUCGGGGGUCCCAGAGAGCGAAGCUUGUUCGGUGGUGAUCAGGGGCGCAACACAGCAAAUACUGGACGAAGCUGCCCGUUCCCUGCACGACGCACUGUGCGUUUUACUCGCUACAUUAAGGGAAAACAAGUUCGUUUACGGUGGUGGCUGUAGUGAAACCAUUAUGGCGAUCGCCAUUAGAAAUAAAGCCGCCUUAACAUCAAACAAAGAAGCCCUUGCGAUGGAAUCCUACGCAAAUGCACUCCUUCGACUUCCUCAGAUCAUGUCCGAUAAUGGUGGUUACGACUCCGUCAACUUAGUACGUCAACUGAUUGCAGCUCACAGUUCUGGAGCAGAUACAAGCGGGAUUAAUAUGGAAAAGGGCGCAGUGGGUGACAUGAAAGAUUUGAGUAUUAUCGAAUCGUAUGCCGUUAAAAAGCAAAUGGUACUUUCCGCAUCUGAAGCUGCAGAAAUGCUGGUACGCGUUGAUAAUGUUAUGAAAGCAGCACCAAGAAAAGCGAAUCUUAACAGAGGGCAUUGUUAAAGAAGACGAAGCUUGCUUCACUUACUAUUUUCUAAAUUGUAUGAGUGUUAUAAUAUAUAUUUCAU